GUAAAUAUAUAUUAAAAUAAAGAAAGAAAUGAAAAGAAAGGAAGAAAUAAGUAAAUAAAUUAUAAUUUAUAAUAGUAAAUAAAUAACUUAAUAUUUUUUAGAAAAAAAACUAAACCUAUCACACAUAUCUGAGGUUUUAUAAAAUUAUAAUCGAUCUAUAUAUAAUACGCCCUUAACUCAAAGGGCUUUACUAACAGCUGCAGUACAUUAAUAUUUGAAAUAAAGAGGAUGCACUUUCAGUACUUAAAUAUUACUGUGGUGGAUAAUGAUUAACUCAAAGGGGAAACAUUAAAAGCGUAUAAAAUGUUAUUUCACACAGUGAUGGGAGGGAUUAUUUUUUUCUUUAAAAUUUGAAUGUCUCCACAUUAUUAUUUUUUUACUAUUAAGAGAGUUACAGGUGUAAAUUUCUAUACCCUCCUUAUAUGCAGCCAUAUAUAUUCCAUCCCCUUCUAAUUCAGUGCGCUACACAUCCUCUGACAUUCCCAUGAGAUGAAUGGCUCUUGUUGAUGGUCACUGGGCAUCUAUGCUGGCAGCAGCAGGAGGGGGAGCAGGGGGUGAAGCUGUCCUGCAUCAAUGAGCCUGUUGAUCAGAAAAGACCACUAGACUGGUAAUGACACGCUUCACUGAUCAGACCAGGAGAAAAUAAAACUCAGCUUUCACCUCCAGCUCCUAUUUAAGCACGACGUCUGUCACUGAUCCGCAGUCUACCUCACAUACCGACACCUGUCCUGAGUCACCGGGCUGUGGGAUCCUACGAUGAUUUGGACUGCUGCUCUCCUCAUGAUUGUUAUUUCUUACGUUAAUUCAGACGACUACUGUUAUGAUGAGCCCCACUGUGAUCCUUAUGCAUGGGGAGACAUGUUCCCCUCCUGUCACCCUUUACUCGAAGAACAUCACUCUCCCAUCAAUCUGGACUAUCAGAUGACCAGAAACGAGUCUCUGGGACCUUUACACCUGGAGGGCUUCGAUGUGACCCAAACGGGCCACUGGACACUUAAAAACGACGGACACACUGGUAAAUACACUACAGAUAUUGUCAUGUUUGUUAUUGUGUUGGCGAUGACACGUUUGUGGUUGCUCUCAGUCAUUCUGCAGGUUGGCAGUGGCAUGUCAGUAAGUGGUGGAGGUCUUCCAGAUGUGUACCACACCAUCCAGCUGCACUUCCACUGGGGAGGCCUGGCCACGAAUGGCUCGGAGCACACGGUGGACAGACGCAGAUACCCGAUGGAGAUGCACAUCGUCAAUAUGAAGUCCAUCCAUCCAAAUCUGACAGCGGCCUUGGAAGAUCCAACAGGACUCGCCGUUCUUGGAUUCUUCAUUGAUGUUGUUUACGCAGACAAUGUGCACUUUGGACUCAUAUCACAAAAGCUGUCCUCUGUGGCUUACAAAGGCCAAACCACUAAAGUCAAGCCAUUCCCGCUGAUGAACCUUCUGCCAAAGCACAACAUGAGUCAGUAUUACCGUUAUUAUGGCAGCCUCACCACCCCUCCAUGUUCUCAAGUGGUUGUAUGGACUCUGUAUGAAGUCCCCAUCUACAUCUCAUGGUCUCAACUGGCUCAGUUUACCUCCCAGAUCUUCUCCACUGAGGAGGAUGCCGAGCUGGUGACACCUCUGCAGAGAAACUUCAGACACAUACACCCUACCUUCAGUCGCAUCGUCUCCGCGUCCAAAGAUGCCAAACUCCUCACAGGGAUGGCCAGUCAUCCCCUCAGGUCAGCUGUGUCACUGCAUCUGCUUCAAAUCGUUUUGCUGGGAAGCUUCAUCUCUGGACUUUAGCGCCACGUUAAGUCCAAACCAUGAAACACUGCAAUGACGAACAAAGAUGGAGUCACUCAGUUUACCCCAAAAUGACAUUUAGAUGUUUAGAUGAUGUCCAGCAAAAAAAAAAAAACUGUGAAGAAAAGUACUGUAAAAUGUUUGUUACUAAAUGUUUCAUGAUUGUGCCCCACUGUCUCUGCAGGAUUAACUCCA